GGAGGGCCGGAAGCGCUCAUUAGGUCCGGAAGUGGUGCGGACUUGGUGCACGUGGGCCGGCAUGGCAGCGCACCGCUCUGGCCCCCUGAAGCAGCAGAAUAAAGCGCAUAAAGGCGGGCGACAUCACGGGCGAGGGUCCGCGCAGCGGGAGAGCAGAGGCAGGGUGGAAGUGAAAGUCCUGUGCAAGAAGGUGAAAAAACAGCUUAGCCGAUUAGACCAGAGGCAUCGCGCCAGCCAGCUCCGAAAGCAGAAAAAGGAGGCGGUUCUGGCAGAGAAGAGACAGCUGGGCAGCAAGGAUGGGCCACCUCAUCAGGUGCUUGUGGUGCCUCUGCACAGCAGGAUUUCCCUGCCAGAGGCCCUUCGGCUGCUUCAGGAUGAAGACUUGGGAACAGUGUACUUGAACGAAUGGGGAAGCUUUAUGCUACUAAGCCCCCGUUUAAAACAUCGGUGGUUUUUCACAUAUGCAAAACCAGGUGAUCUGCAUACUGUGUUAGAUUUGGCCAAAGUUGCUGAUACCAUCCUGUUUCUCCUCGAUCCACUAGAAGGCUGGGACAGCACUGGGGAUUAUUGCCUAUCUUGCCUCUUUGCUCAGGGACUUCCCACCUAUACACUAGCUGUCCAGGGGUUUUCUGACCUCCCACCAAAGAGACUAAUUGAUGCCAGAAAAAAGCUAAGUAAAGCAGUGGAGAAGCGCUUUCCUGAGGACAAACUCUUGUUACUAGACAACCAACAGGAGGCAGGAAUGCUGCUUAGGCAGUUGGCUAACCAAAAGCAACGGCAUCUUGCUUUUCGGGAUCGGCGAACUUACCUCUUUGCCCAUGUUGCUGAUUUUGUGCCUAGUGAAGAGAGUAACUUGGUGGGGACCUUGAAAAUCUCAGGCUACAUUCGUGGGCGAACUCUGAAUGUAAAUAGCUUACUGCAUGUUGUUGGACAUGGUGAUUUCCAAAUGAAACAGAUAGAUGGACCUGUGGACCCUUUCCCUUUAAAUCCUAGAGUGGUUAAACCCCAACAGGAACAAAGCUCAGCAAUGGAGAUUUGUGCUACAGAUGCUAUAACUGAUAUGAAUGAAGACCUUAAGGUUCUAAUGAAGGCAGACCCUGAUAGACAGGAGUCUUUACAAGCAGAGGCUAUUCCAGAUCCAAUGGAAGGGGAGCAAACCUGGCCCACAGAGGAGGAGCUGAAUGAGGCAAAUGACUUAUUAAAGCAAAGUUCCAGGGUAGUAAAGAAGGUCCCUAAAGGAACAUCCAGUUACCAAGCUGAGUGGAUUUUGGAGGAAGGUGAUGAAAGUGGCAGGGAAGGAGAUGAAUAUAAUGAUAUACAGCAUGAAGGUUUUAUGGAAGAAGAAUUUCAGAGUGAGAGUGGUGAAGAGGAGGAGGAGGAGUGUGAAACUAUGACCUUAGGCGAGUCUCUACAUGAUGAUCUAUAUGAUGAGAAAGUAGAUGAAGAGGCUGAGGAGAAAAUGUUGGAGAAAUAUAAACAAGAAAGACUGGAAGAGAUGUUUCCAGAUGAAAUGGACACCCCCCGUGAUGUGGCUGCUAGAAUUCGAUUUCAAAAAUACCGAGGCCUCAAGAGCUUCCGGACAUCUCCUUGGGACCCUAAGGAAAACCUUCCUCGAGAUUAUGCUCGCAUCUUUCAGUUUCAAAAUUUCAUUAAUACUAGAAAACGGAUCUUUAAAGAAAUUGAAGAAACAGAAGCUGAGGGAGUUGAGGUUGGCUGGUAUGUCACACUUCAUAUCUCUGAUGUCCCUGUCUCAGUGGUUGAAUAUUUCAGGCAAGGAGCACCCUUGAUUGCCUUUUCUUUGCUACCUUAUGAACAGAAGAUGUCAGUAUUGAACAUGGUCGUGAGCCGGAACCCUGGCAACACUGAGCCUGUGAAAGCCAAAGAAGAACUGAUCUUCCACUGUGGAUUCAGGCGCUUCCGAGCCUCACCUUUAUUCUCUCAGCACACUGUAGCUGAUAAACAUAAAUUUCAGAGAUUCCUGACUCCUGAUGCAGCCUUAGUGGUGACAGUGUUUGCACCAAUCACUUUUCCUCCUGCAUCUGUGCUGCUUUUUCAGCAGAAAAGCAAUGGAAUGCACAGCCUCAUUGCUACAGGCCAUCUGUUAUCGGUAGAUCCAGACAGAAUGGUCAUUAAGAGAGUUGUUCUGAGUGGUCAUCCUUUCAAAAUUUUUACUAAGAUGGCAGUAGUUCGUUACAUGUUCUUCAACAGAGAGGAUGUGAUGUGGUUUAAACCUGUGGAACUGAGAACCAAGUGGGGCCGCCGGGGACAUAUUAAGGAGCCUUUGGGUACCCAUGGCCACAUGAAGUGCAGUUUUGAUGGGAAGCUGAAAUCUCAGGAUACAGUACUAAUGAACCUCUAUAAACGAGUUUUCCCCAAAUGGACUUAUGAUCCAUAUGUACCAGAACCAGUAACUUGGGUGAAGAGUGAGAUUUCCUCAACAGUGUCUGAAGUGGACAUGGAAUAAUGGUUUCUAUGGGAUUCUGUCUUACUGCUACAUCAGCACUCCAGUUGUGGGAGUCUGCAGACUGUGGUCAGAUAAUUUGUGGUUUCUGUUUCAGUUGCCCAUUUACAAAAGUCUUUAUCUGGGAAUUAAUACAUGUCUCAGCUAAGUAUGGAGGUUUUUAUACAAUUAUGUGAUCCCCAACCAUAAAUCUUACUGAAGUGCUUGUUCUCCAUUAAGAUUUUGAAAACCCUAAUGUUUAAGGAGAGAUUGAAAAUAAAAUUUUCAUCUAGAGACA